AUGAGCAACAACGAGAGCCCGAAUGCCAGCGCCGCAGAUGAUGAGGAUUACGAAGAGCCUGGUGGCUGGAAUUACUUCGUGGGGUUCAUGUUCGGUAAUGUGGAUGAUUCUGGCGACCUAGAUACUGACUAUCUUGAUGAGGAUGUGAAGGAACACAUAUUUGCAUUGGCAGAUGAGCUGGGCCUAUCCCUCCAAGACAUUGAUUUAGCCAGGUCUUCUCCAGCACCAACUGAUUCCUCUGAGCAAGAUUGUGAUGAGAAGGCAGAAGAUACUGUUGACUUUGAAGAUAUUGAUGAAGAAUAUGAUGGACUUGAAGUUGAAGCACCCACAGAGGAAGACAAUGUGCUAUCUAGAAAAGAUUACUUCUCAUCAAAUGCAGUGUAUACUUCAGUCGAUAGUACAUUAUCAGUGUUUGGUGAGGAUAACUAUGAUGAAGAUGAAGGUACGAUCAAUGACAUCGACUCCCAAGUUAAUAGUGCUGUGCAAAAUUGUUCUUCUGAUGGUAUUCAACCAUAUCCCCAAGUUAAUCUUGCCAAAGAAAAUGUUGGUUUGUUGCCACAUUCAGAGGAAUGUUUAGACUUCGACUAUGAACUUCUGCAGAGAGAAAUGGGCACUGAAGAAGGUUAUCUUGGGUCUGAAACUGCAGCUUCCCUCCCUGUUUUGUGCAUAGAGGAUGGGAGUGUGAUCCUGAGGUUUUCUGAAAUUUUUGGUGCUGAGGUGCCUGCAAGACUAAGGAAGACAGAUCACUAUACACAUCCAGUGAAUAAAGAGCUCCAAAUCGCUAAAUAUGCUAACAUCAUUGAAGAAGAUGAGGAAAUAUUUUUCCGAAACAGUAUCCAAAAUAUCUCAAAUUUAAAGCAUAUCCAAAUGGAUGCAGAUUUUGUUGAGAGUGACAGUGCUGAUUCUGUUUCUGAUGUCACUUUGUGGCCAAAGGAUUUGUGUCUUUCUGAACAGCCUAUGAAAGUUUCACUUAAAGAUAUCCCUAGUGCUCAGCCGUCUCCUGUUUGUCCUGAUUUUUAUCCACUUGAGAAUGAUGAUUGGGAAAAUUAUAUCAUUUGGGAUAAUUCACCAACAACUGACAGUCAGCCUUGCUUAAAAGGUUUUGCAAUAUAUGAAGAGAGCAUGGACACUCACAAUGGUGAUCAGGCUAAGGAUUAUGGUCAUGUCUUUCAGUACUGUGCUGUGAAGGGUAAAAUCAAUGAGCAUGGUUCUCCAGUAAUAAUAGAUCCGUUUGGUUUUACUGAAAUGCCUGCUGCAGCUAAUCACCAUGCCCCUGAGAAAAGUUACCAUCCAUUGACAAAGGAGACAGCUCAGGACAAUAAUGCCUUAUACCACACAGAACCUGUGACCAUGCAGCGGUUAAACAAUCUUUGCUUACUGAACAGGGAAUUAUUAGAAGGAUCAUGGUGUGACUACAUUAUCUGGGAUCCUAGUGUGGAUACCCCAAAGCCUAAACUUAUAUUUGAUCUUAAAGAUGAUCAGAUGCUAUUUGAGACUGUGGAUGGAAAGAAAGUGGACCGCAUCCACUCUCAUGCUCCUGCUAUGAUUGCUGUUAGUCCGUCAAUGAAGAGUUCAGCAUCAUCAGCGGAUAAUUUUGGCAAUCAAUCGAUUGCACUGAGUGAUCAAUUCAACAUCUCAAAUGACAAGUUUUAUUGUAAUGGGAAAUUCUCGCAGCAAGCUAAGUUUCUUACUAAAAAAGAAUUCAAACAUUCUGAGAGCAUAAAGUUGUUUUAUUCUGGAAAAGAGCUUCAGGAUGAUAUCUCUUUGGCUAUGCAAAAUGUGCGACCUAACUCUAUUCUGCAUUCAGUGUGCACCAAAGUAAAUCUAUGGCCAAAAGCACAGAUGUUACCUGGUGAGGACAAGCCUCUACGUCCUCCUGGGGCAUUCAGGAAAAAAGUUGACUUGUCCGUUAAGGAUGGACAUGUAUUUUUGAUGGAAUACUGUGAGGAGAGGCCUUUACUACUUUCAAAUACAGGAAUGGGAGCCCGACUGUGUACAUAUUACAAAAAGACAUCGUGUACUGAUGAGACAGCUUCAUCACUUCAAAACAAAAGUGAUGGAAUGGGUACAGUGGUUGAAAUUGAUCCGGCUGACAUAUCUCCUUUUCUGGGACACAUAUGUUCCGGUUCCCAUCAGUCUUGUCUUGAAACAAACAUGUACAGGUCACCUAUAUUUCCUCACCUGGUUUCGUCAAGAGAUUAUCUUUUAGUCCGUUCGGCCAAAGGGGCACUUUUCCUUCGCCGUAUUGAUAAGGUUUAUACUGUUGGCCAAGAAGAACCUCAUAUGGAAGUAUUUUCACCAGGGACAAAAAAUGUACAGAAUUAUCUUCUGAAUCGAAUGCUUGUAUAUGUUUAUCGUGAGUUUCGAGCUAGGGAGAGUCCUGGCACCAUUUGUCAGAUACGAGCUGAUGAGUUACCUAUACAAAGUCCUUUGACAGAUGCCAUUGUGAGAAAACGACUCAAGCAUUGUGCAGAGUUGAAGAAAGGACCAAAGGGACAUUUCUGGACAAAGAGACCUGAUUUCCAGGUUCCAUCUGAGGAAGAACUGAAAAGAUUAUUGGCACCGGAAAGUGUAUGCUGUUAUGAGAGUAUGCAAGCUGGUCUCUAUCGUCUCAAACAAUUAGGAACUGUAAAUUUUACUCAUCCUGUUGGUCUGGCUUCCGCCAUGAAUCAACUUCCUGAUGAAGCUAUCGAGCUUGCUGCUGCAGCACAUAUUGAGAGAGAGUUACAAAUUACUAGUUGGAAUCUUACCAACAAUUUUGUUGCUUGUACUAAUCAGGACAGGAAGAAUAUAGAAAGAUUAGAAAUUACUGGUUUCGGUGAUCCAUCUGGUCUUGGGCUUGGAUUCAGCUAUGUCAAGAAAAAAGUCAGCUGUGGCAAAAGGUUGAGCAAUGAUGCAGCCAGAGAGCUGCUCCUAAAAUUCGGUGUUCCAGAAGCAGAAGUUCACAACUUAACAAGGUGGGAUCUCAUUACUAUGGUGAGGAAGCUGUCAAGUGAGAAAGCUGCAUUGGGAAUUACUAUUGAUGAAAUUCCAGUUAGUAAGUUUGCGCGCGGACAAAACAUGCCUUUUCUGCAGCCUCAGCAGCAUACUAGAGAGAAAUGCCAGGAAAUUUGGGACAGACAACUUGAGUCACUUUCAGCUAUAGACGUUGACAAUGGUAGUGACACAGAAGCCGACAAUGAUCUGGACUCAUUUGCUGAGGAUCUUGAGAACUUGCUAGAUGCAGAAGAAUUUGAUGACGAAGAUACUGGUAAAGCAGGCCUGGUAAAUGAUAAAGUAGAAGGAAUGAGAGGGCUUCAAAUGAGAAGGUGCCUAACUCGAAUUCAAAUUAGUGGUGAAAUUGAAGAUGGUGAAGCAGAAACCUCUCUGGCAAAAAAACUGCUUGAAGACAAUGGUAAUGGUAAGAAGGGAAGGAAGCGACCUGUGGAAAUGACAAAUGAUGAAACAUCUAUGUAUGAUCUAGGUGCCACAAAAUCAAAGCAGAGGGAGACUGGGAAAAUGAUUAGAAUGUCAGGUCAUACUGCUACAUUGACCUCAAAGGGGAGCACUCCAAGAGAGGUGAAAGAGCUUGGGCAUAUGUGGACCAACAAACUGUGCCCUAAGUAUGGGGAGGAUCAAGAAAAUACAGUAAUGGAUACAAAUUCAGUUGAUUUUAAUCCUUUGGAUCAAGCAAGCCAGACGCUGAGCAAGAAGUUGAUAACUACAGUCUCAUUUGAAGAUACUGAAACCAAAGGACCUGAAUGUAUUGAAAAGACAAAAUCUGUCCCAGUAAAGUUCAAAUGUGGGGCACCUCAAAGGUCCUUGGAGCGGAACAUGUCACUGUCUGGUUCACUAGUUUCUGUUGAAGGCAUUGUGGAUGUCACAGACUUCAGACCUACUGGAAAGGCCGACAAGAUAUUGAAGUCUAAUAAGAUGAAGUUUGAUGAUUAUCCUCCUGAUAUUCAAAAAAGCAUCUGUUGUAUUUCAGCCUCCUGCUGA